UAAGGUUUGGAGUUAGGUUAGGUUAUGGUUAUACCUCAUAACCUCAUGCAUUCGCAUGAUUGAAAAUUUUGUGAAGAAGUGUGUAUUAUGCUGAAAGCGAAAACUAUAUACAUAUGGCUAGUUGAUUAAUAAAUUUAUUAAAAACACAAGUUUUCGUUUGUUACUUGUAAAUUUCAUUAUAAUUCUCACAAGAACCAAGUAAUAAAAAUGAAACAUACAUUGUUUGAUCGCCUUUUUCUACAUGCGAGUUUUUGCUGUCGGAGAUUACGUUAUUGUACUUCUCCUGCAAAUGCAACAGAAUCAUGGAACAAUAAAAGACUAACAGAUUUUCCUGCAACUUUCAAGCCAAAGGAUGUAGAAAAAGGCUGGUAUGACAUUUGGCAAUGUAAUAAAUACUUUGCAUCAUCCAGGAUAACAAAGAGAACAAACAAUAAUGCGCAAGAGGAAAAGGAAGCCAAAGAAUCCUUUAGUAUGGUUUUACCACCACCUAAUAUUACGGGAAUAUUACAUCUGGGCCAUGCACUUACUGUUACAAUCCAAGAUGUUCUGGCGAGAUGGCACAGAAUGAAGGGUCAUCCAGUAUUGUGGAUACCGGGUCUGGACCAUGCAGGAAUUGCGACACAGGCGGUAGUGGAACGUACGUUGCGGCAUACACGCAACAUUACACGACACGAUGUGGGCCGUGCCGAGUUCACGCGACUGAUCUGGCAGUGGAAGACGGAAAAAGCCGCGAUUAUCAAGGAGCAGUUGAAAGCCCUCGGCGCUACGCUCGAUUGGGACAGAGAAUACUUUACCAUCGAUGAAAAUCAUAGCGCGGCAGUGACAGAAACGUUCGUACGAUUAAACGAGAGAAAUCUGUUGUACAGAGCCAGAGAUCUUGUUAAUUGGUCGCCAGCUCUGCGCAGCACUAUCUCAGAGAUCGAAGUCGAAGACUUUGUGGUGAACGGCAAGACACGACUCCAAUUACCUGGCUAUGAUACCAAGAUCACCGUCGGCCAACUAAUCAAACUGGCCUACCCAAUCAGAGACUCGACGGAAGAACUGAUAAUUGCAACAACUAGGCCCGAGACAGUUUUUGGAGAUGUAGCGAUUGCUGUGCAUCCAAACGACGAUAGGUAUUCGAGAUAUAUUGGUCGGCACGUUUUACAUCCCAUAAGAGAGACUUUUAUACCCAUCAUAGCCGACUCUUCGGUCAAGAGAGAAUUUGGCACUGGUGCAAUAAAAGUUACACCGGCACACGAUCGCUUAGAUUACAACAUCGCCAAAAGACAUGGCUUGCCAGUUAUCAGAGUUAUUGAUGAAGAUGGCAACAUGACGGAUGCAUGCAAGGAAUUCAAGGGAGUUCCGAGAUUCAUCGCACGGAGGAGACUAAUGAAUCAAUUAUCGACACGAGGCAUGGUGAGAGGUGUGGAAGAUAAUCAUCGGAUGAUACUGCCACUAUGUUCGCGUACACAUGAUGUGGUUGAGUAUUUGCCAAAGGAACAGUGGUUCUUGCGCUGUGCGACAAUGGCUAAGCGGGCAUGCGAAGCCGUGGCGAAUGGUGAACUAAAAAUCGAUCCGAACGAUGACGGCAUUCACGAACAAAUAUGGUAUAACUGGCUCGAAAACCCCAGGGACUGGUGCGUGUCGAGACAGUUGUGGUGGGGUCAUCGAAUUCCGGCGUAUUCCAUAAUUCAUGGUGAUCGUAAAGACGAUGAUAGUGAUAGUGAUAUUUUCUCCACCAGUAGCAAUAGCACCACUUCGUGGAUAGUCGCACGAUCCGAAGAAGAAGCGCGUUCUCGCGUACGAGAGAAAUACGGAGACACAGUGAGCCUGCGUCAAGAUCCAGAUGUCCUGGACACGUGGUUUUCCUCGACAAUUGUGCCAUUUGCUACGCUUGGCUGGCCGAAAAUUACGGAGGAUAUGGCAAGACACUAUCCCCUAACACUGAUGGAAACGGGCCAUGAUAUCCUCGUGUUCUGGGUGGCGAGGAUGGUGAUGCUAAGUCUGGAACUGACACAGCGUUUGCCAUUUAAAGAAGUUCUACUUCAUGGCGUUUUAUGUGACGGCAACGGCAAGAAAAUGUCUAAGAGCUCUGGCAAUGUUAUCUCACCAGAAAACAUUAUCAAUGGUUGUACCUUUGAGGAAUUGAACGAACAAGCAAGACACAGUCACGCGGCUGGUAUUCUGAGCGCCGAAGAAUUGCAGCGAACGUUGCGUGUUAAUACAAAAUCGUAUUCCACGGGAAUACCAGAUUGCGGUGCCGAUGCUUUGAGACUAUCAUUAUGUGCGCGUAAUAUUAAGAAUCACACCAUCAGUUUCGAUGUGGAUGAUUGUCGGACAAGCAAAUAUUUCUGUAACAAGAUCUGGCAGGCAAGCAAAUACGCGUUACUGAUGAUAAAGGAAGAUCAACUUGAAAAUGAAGGAAAGGAAAAUCUGAACGAUCUUGAUCAAUGGAUUCUGAGUCGAUUAUCGUGGAUGAUAGGAAUAGUGAACGAUGCGUUUGCCCAGCGAAAUUUCCAUAAAGCAAUCGCUGCGAUUCGCCAAUUUCUGCACUAUGAAUUCUGCGAUUUCUAUGUGGAGGGUACAAAAUUUGGAUUCAAAAGCGGCAAUUCCGCUGGACAUUCCAACACUCUUGCGAAAUGCCUGGAAGUGUCAUUACGCAUCCUCGCACCUGUUACACCCUAUCUGUCGGACGAUUUAUAUCUGAGACUUGCCAAAAAGGGACUUCCAGGAUUUCAGUCAGUUGCCUCGUUGCUUGAGACUUCCUAUCCCAUGCCAUGCGAAUUUGAACAUCUGAGAGACAUCACGUUGGAGGAAAGAAUGCGUGAUCUCGUGGAUGUGAUAAAUGCGAUCAGAAGCUGCAUGGCGAACGUGAGCAAAAAGUCGAAUCCAGAAGUUAAUAUUCUGGUUGGCAAUGUGCACGAUUAUGAUUUUUAUCAGAAAAAUGUGAACCUGAUUAAAGGAGUGAGCAGAAUCUGGAACGUGUCUAUUUAUUUAACAGAAUCAGCAAAUAAUGGCAAUUUUAAUAGGAUGACAACGGCACAAAACAAUAAUUCCAAUGAUGGCAGUAUUUAUACCAUCCAAUAUAUGCAUACAAACGAUUGCUCAUUACUCAUUACAGCUAUAGAUACUUCGAUAUUGGAACAAGUUAAGAAGAAUAUUGCGAAGAGGAAUAAAUUGGAAGGAGUGUACUAAUUAUAAGAAGAAGAAAAUAAAAUAGUACGCGUACAA